AUGUCGACAGAAGACACAGAAAAUGCGACAGUAAACCCUGCGAAGACGGGGGCAAAUUCACUCAGUGUGGUUCCAGAUGCAAGUGACGUUGACCCAGCAGCGAUACAAUCAGAGCGACGACGGAGAAUUGCUAUCGCCCAAGACGAAGAGCUAAAAUGGCUCAAUCUGAAAACGGUUUUACGAGGAAACUCCGACAAGCUCAAAUAUAGAGCUGCCCGUGAUGCAUGGAAGAUUACAGAACGUUUCCUCUUGACUGACGACAAUGUGCUGUAUUAUAUGAACUGGACUCCGCGGAACCAACAAGACAACCAAGAAGAACUGAGACUGCGACUGGUAGUUUCAACUACGAUGAUUCAAGAGGUUCUUCAAAACAACCAUGACUCAUUGGAAGGUGGACAUCAAGGCGUAGUGAGGACAUAUCAACGAGUGAAGCAAGAUUAUUGGUUUGGCCUUUACGCAAGCGUUGAAAAACACGUGAAGUCGUGUCCGAAUUGUAGUUCAAGUAAGAGCAAACCACAGUUGAGAGGGUACUCUCCCGGCAACAUUCUCGCCGAACGACCAUUCCAGAUUGUCUCGAUGGACUUCGUGAUCCCACUGCCGAAAUCUCGGCGAGGCAACACGGCGCUACUGCUAUUCCAGUGUGCUUUCACUGGAUUUGUCAUCGCUAAACCAAUGUCGCACACUCCAGCAUUCAAAGUCGCACAAGUAUUUGAAGAAUGCAUUUACCGACGGUUCGGAGCACCGUCGUUAAUAAGGCAUGAUAGAGAUCCCCGCUUUAUGAGCGAAGUAUUUCAAGCGUUUGCCGAGUUGAUGCGGUCAAGAUCGAGAGCAACUCUGCGUUGUCGGCCACAGGCUAACGGGCAGCAAGAAAGAUCAGUUAAGACGGUGAUGCAGUCCGUAAAAGUCUAUGCCGAAGACCCACUUCAGCAAGACUGGGACGAGAUCGCAGAGCAUCUAGUCCUAGUCUUCGCCAUCAACAACACAAUGGACACCACCAGGAAGGAAACACCUUUCUACUUAGUUCACGGAUGGGAUGCUAGCUCAACAAUGAAAGCGAUAACGACGUCUCUUAGAUGCGGGACUCCAAAACAGUCCGAGGCCUUAGCAUGGCGACAAGAAGUCAACCGUCAACAGGAAGUUGCGUGGCAAAUGGCCCAAGAGUAUCAGCAUACCCAGAAGUCACGAAGAAUGAGACUUCCCAAUAACGCACUGAGUAAAAUGGAGAAAGCAUCAUUGCAAAAUGAGGAAGCAGAAGACUCGACACUCCAAUAUAGCGAGGACUCAGCCACCAAAUUAAAAGCGACCAAGAAAAAGUUGUUCGAAGAAGGAAGUCGAGCGUGGCUCUACAUGGAGAUAGUCAAACCAGGACUCACGAAGAAGCUCGCCCAUCGGUGGCACGGACCAUAUCGUAUCAAGAAGAAAUUUGAUGAUUUUGCGUUCGAAUUGAAGCUCCCAGACAAGAGUGGCUACCGGUUCUAUCCAGUAGUACACAUCUAA